CUUGCAUGUGUUUUUCAUGUUUGCGUGGCCAGGCUUGCUCUCUGUACUAUGAGUGCAACAUUAUCACUGGAGGAAAGUGAAACUCCCCCAUUCCUAUUUCGUUUCUACUUACAAGAAUGCCAAACAUCCCGAGUAACUGAUCUCUAACAGCAUGAGUUUUGUUUUAGUGAACAAGCAGACAAGCCCAUCCUAAACCAGCUCUUUAAAGAUUUACAGAGGGCUCUCAUCACAUUUCCACCCCUUUAUGCUGUCCCAUGUUCGGCCGAUGGGAGGGACUAAACGAGUGCAUCACCUCAACUACGGGGUGACAUGUUCACACUGGCUGGAAAACGAUGAAAUAAUGGUGUAAAUGCGCAGACUUUGACACAAAUGUUUGGAGUGUGGAAGUGGACUGGGCUGCGGCUGUAAUUAAACACGAGCAGCUGGAUCUUUCUACGAAAGCGCCAUGGCCAGUCCAGAUGAUGAGAUCGAGCCUGCAGCUGUGUGCUCAGCUGUACCGCACCUCAACAAGAGACGCUUCUCGAGCGACCGCUGUGACCUGAAACUAGUUGAACUGGACAGCCUCCUAAAAAACACCGAGGGCCGACCUUUUACAAUAAUUCAUCGUCUGACUGAAAUUAAAGAAAUGGAUCUACCUUACUUAAUGCCUGGUACUCCUAUUACAUGCAACGUGAACAACACAGAGAAACACACUAGUCGAUCAAAGGUGCGUGUACGAAACCUGUACACGGUGAAGUUAACUCAUGGACCCUUUCACUGGGUAGUAAAGCGGAAAUACAAGCACUUUCAGGAGCUUCACAGAGACCUUUACAAACACAAGAUGAUGCUUCACUUUAUGCCCACUAGAAGGAAUGAGAAGGAAAGGCAGCAGCUGAGGGUAAUGUCAGAGGAAAUGCCCAGCCUACAGGGGACAGAACGCGCCAGAGGAGCCUCAAGCAAAACGAAAUACCUUGAAGAGUACCUGAACGAUCUGCUGGAGAACAGAUUCUGCAGAAAUGACCGCAGCAUGAUUGAAUUCCUCUCCGUCGGCGCCCUCUCCUUUGUCACUGAUCUGGGACCAAAAGGGCUGGAGGGACCGAUCAUUAAGAGGUCGGGCGGUCAUCGCGUUCUGGGUCUGAACUGCAUCGGCCACCAUCGGGUGUGUUUUCGCUGGUCGCACCGUUGGCUGGUCGUCAAAGACUCUUUCCUUUUGUAUAUGAGCCGAGACAACAAUGAAAUCAACUUUGUGCUGCUUUUUGACCCCGAGUUUGAGGUGAAAGUAGAUAGAGCCGAGACUGGAACAGAAUACGGAGUCUGCAUUAAGAACUUCACACGGGAUUUGAUCAUCAAGUGCAGAAGCUACAGACAAAGCCAAUGGUGGACUCAUGAAAUCAAGCAGCUGGCUCACUCUUGUGACUUUCUGAAAGUCCACCGUUUCCAAGGCUUUGCUCCACCGCGAGAAGACACUCUUACCAAAUGGUAUGUGAAUGGGAAAGAUUACUUUGCAGACCUGGCUGAUGCCCUUGAACAAGCAAAGCAGGAGAUUUUCAUCACAGAUUGGUGGCUGAGCCCGGAAAUUUUCCUAAAGAGACCUGCCACUGAUAACCACUGGAGACUGGAUGAGAUACUAAAACGGAAAGCAGGAGAAGGAGUCAAGGUUUGUGUCCUGCUUUACAAGGAGGUGGAGAUGGCACUUGGCAUCAAUAGUGACUACAGCAAACGGACUCUGAUGAACAUGCACCCAAACAUCAAGGUGAUGCGACAUCCAGACCACGUUUCAUCUGCGGUGGUCUUGUGGGCUCACCAUGAGAAGAUGGUUGCCAUUGACCAGACGGUGGCGUUUGUUGGGGGACUUGACCUGGCGUUUGGGAGAUGGGAUGACAGAGAGUAUCGACUGGCCGACCUGGGUCAGGCAGAGGUGUUAAACGGGGGCACGGGGGAACAUCCAAACAAAGAUGCAACUGACAAUGGUGUGGCUGAUGGCCACAAUGCACAUAACCAAACAAAACAGGAUCCAACUAAUCUGGCUGGUAACACUAAACUGUGGCUUGGCAAGGACUAUAGCAACUUCAUCAAGAAAGACUGGACCCUUCUGGACAGGCCAUUUGAAGACAACAUUGACCGCACUAAAGUUCCUCGCAUGCCUUGGCGUGACCUGGCUACAGCUAUGCAUGGCAAAGCUGCCAGGGACGUUGCCAGGCACUUCAUCCAGCGCUGGAACUUUACUAAGAUUUUCAAGGUCAAGUACAAGGAUAACUUCUACCCCUACCUUCUCCCCAAGUCUCACACUGGGGCAGACUUGUUGCCAUUUAUUGUUCCUGGAUCCCAGAAAGCCAAAGUUCAGGUGCUGCGCUCUUCUGAACGUUGGUCAACGGGAAGCUGUGAGAAUUCGAUCCUUCAGGCUUACAUACACACCAUUGAGAACAGCGAGCACUACAUCUACAUUGAGAACCAGUUCUUCAUCAGCUGUGCAGAGGACAAGGUCGUCCACAAUAAGAUCGGGGAUGCAAUUGUAGAUCGAAUCCUGCGAGCACACAGAGAGCAGAAGAAGUACAGGGUGUUUGUGGUGAUUCCUUUGCUUCCCGGCUUCGAGGGAGACAUUACCACUGGAGGUGGAAAUGCAAUUCAAGCCAUUAUGCACUUCACUUACAGGACUAUGUGCCGCGGAGAUCACUCGAUUCUGUCAAGGCUCAGCGAGGUGAAGGACCAGUGGACUGAGUACAUCACAUUUUGUGGCCUCAGAACGCACUCCCAGCUCGCCGAGAAACUGGUCACAGAGCUGAUUUAUGUUCACAGCAAGGCACUCGUUGCUGAUGACCGCCGCUAUAUAAUUGGAUCAGCCAACAUCAAUGAUCGCAGCAUGCUGGGCAGCCGAGACAGUGAGCUGGCAGUGCUUGUGGAAGAUCAAGAGAGGGUCCCAUCCGUCAUGGGAGGACAGGAAUACGAGGCGGGACCGCUUGCGCUUGCUCUGCGCAAAGAGUGCUUCAGGGUUCUAACGGGAGCAACUUCAGACCCCAGCAUCAACAUUGACGACCCAAUCAGCGACUACUUCUUCUUCCUCACAUGGAAUGAAACGGCUAAACGUAACGCCAUCAUUUACGACAAGGUUUUCAGGUGCCUUCCCUGUAACAGUGUUCACAACUUGCUUCUGCUGAAGAACUACAGCUCUCAAGAACGCCUCUGCGACACAGACCCCGAGCAGGCAGCAGAGGAGCUGAAGGCCAUCCGAGGGCUGCUGGUUCACUUUCCGUUGAAAUUCCUGUGUGAGGAAAACCUGCAGCCUCCUCUGAACAGUAAAGAAGGGAUUGCUCCUACAGACCUUUGGACAUAACCACAUGUCUGCCUAGAUCAGGCCACUACAAAACUGCUACAAUCGUUGCUAACCUGUAGUUAAAUCCCAGCACACAAAACGAAUUUUAACACCAGCUCCCACAUUAAAACAGUUUAUGGGUCAAUCCUAAAUCUAGUCUGACUCAAAUUACUUAAAUUUUAUCAUCUGUUAGAAUAAUAGACAAACCUGCACUGGCCAGUUUAUUCAUGAUGCCUAUCACGUAACUUCUAUGAACCAACGGUAGAUGCUAUUGUAAACUCAUAUAAAUGAAUGUGUGUGACUCAUUGGAGGACUGCAAGGUUGGACUGGUAAUCAACCAUCUCCCAUGAUCUGGGAACAUAGUGUACAUCUACGGGUGCAAGAUUUGUAUUUUAUUUUUUUUUUUUGGUGGGUAGCUCUGUCUCUUCCUCUCUCCCGCGCUCUCACUCUCUCCCUCUGAGGCUUCACCUCUCACUGCAGUGCCAGGAAACCUGUCAGAACAUUUGUGGUUGUUAUGGUGACGGAUAUAAAGAGAUGACUGGAUCGCAGCUGAAAUAAAGGCUCCAUGGGGCAGAAAAGGAGAGCGCUGAUAGGACGGAUGGCUUACUAAAUCGGGAUGGUGCGCCAGGAAAAAAGAGAAAGCAAUAUUGCUGAUCGAGGAUGCGGUGACUAGUUACUUAUGUGUCAUUUUUAUAUCUAAAUGUGAGAGAGAAAAUAUAUUUAGCUUGUUCGUCGUUGAAAUCUUGUUAAAUUUUACUUUUUUUUUUUUUUACCUUUACAUCCAAAUGGACUGCCUGGAGUACAGCACACAACUUCCCACCCUCUGUUGGCAUUCUGCAGCUACUUCCGUGUCGUGUCUAGGAGCCAUGAAGAGUCUUGUGUGUCUACCUUAUGUUGUAUUUGCUCACAGGCAUGAGGCAUUUGUUGAAGUCCAGCUGAGAAGUUACAUAAUGUGUCUGACACACUUCUUUCUCCUCGAAUGCUCAGAUUGAUCACUUGUUGACCAACAUGCAAAUCUCUUGCACUGGACUUUUUUUAAAAAAUAUAUUUUGUUUCCUCAUAUGGGGAAAACCUAUACUUACUGCACAACGCCUUGCAAAAAUAUUCAUAACCUCUGACAUUUGUCACAUUGCUACAUAGGAUAUUACAUAAUAUUAGGAUUUUAUAUGGUUUGUCAACACAAAGUAGAGGUUCUUUCAUGAAAAGUA